GGUGCAAAGACUGAAAUGCCCCUGGUGGGAUGCACCCUGCACGCUGAGGUUUAAGCAAGAAGCCAAAAGGAAGGAAUAGCAGAACUGCAGAAGCACCAGAAACCGCGAAACGCCGCGGCGCCGGGUUUCCCAGCUGAAGUGAGGUGAAAUGGGGGGCAAUAACAGACACAGGAGAUUCAAAAAUCAACGCAACCAUCGCCCUCACUCAUCUCGAGACCAUCAACUCUUACUAGACGAUGAUGCUCAGUCCUCUUCUGUUCAAGUUGCAGAAACAGUUGAGGUGGAGGAGCAGGAGCAGGAGAUGACGAAACCCAAAAUAAAGCUUGCAAUGUGGGAUUUUGGACAAUGUGAUAUCAAAAGAUGCACAGGUCGCAAGUUAUCAAGACUGGGUAUGUUAAAGGAGUUACGAAUUAGUAAUGGAUUUGGAGGCAUUGUUUUAAGUCCUGUUGGAAAGCAAUGUGUCUCAAGAGAAGAUUCCUCUUUAAUAAAGCUGAAAGGAUUGGCUGUUGUGGAUUGCUCUUGGGCACGCUUAGAUGAUGUGCCUUUUGUGAGGCUACGCUGCACUGCUCCACGCCUCCUGCCAUGGCUUGUAGCAGCAAAUCCAGUAAAUUAUGGUCGGCCAUGUCAGCUAUCAUGUGUAGAGGCCUUAUCUGCUGCUUUAAUAAUAUGUGGGGAAGAUGAAUCGGCAGAACUAUUGCUUGACAAGUUCAAAUGGGGCCAUGCUUUUUUGUCCCUGAACCGGGAAUUACUGAAGGCGUACUCCAAAUGCCAAAACAGUGUUGAUAUUAUUGCUGUUCAAAAUGCUUGGCUGUCACAAGAGAGUCAGAUUCCAAGGGCCCCUGCUGAUACUGAAGUUGAGAGUGAGGAUAAAGGCUCCUCUGAUUCUGAAGAUGGUCUUCCACCUCUUGAAAAGAAUAUGAACCAUUUGAACUUGGUAAAUAGUGAUGAGGAAAGUGAGUAGAUGCAUUUUGAGUCUCUUAAUACGAUAUUGCUUAGACCUAUGACCAUGCCGCGGAAUCAGAAUAAUCUGGAGGCAAAGCUCUUUGGCUGACAAAAGAUGUGUACUAUCGUCAUCUGAGGCCUAUACUUGCCAUUUCCUUUGCUAACAUAAUUAUUUAUAUUGUAUUUUAAAUAUGAACGUAUGACCUUGUUAGGUUUCGAUUUUGAACGUGUAAAUUUGUUUGUUAUCCUAGUUCUUUAUAGCUAUAAGAGUUUUUAGAGUCCAAAGCGUUUUUUUUUUUA